AUGUCAGCUUUACCUAGGACAUGGCGCGACAACGCGUACCUUGUCAUCUCAAGCAUCCAGCUUUCAGCAAUUCUGCUGGUUGAUCUGGUCCCUUUUUACCCGUCCAGCCUCUACGCAGACCCGUCGUCGCCCCUGCACUUCUUGCAGCUGCUCCGCGACUUCUACAUCCAGACCUACAAUGACCCCUAUUUCGUCACGCCGCACGACGGCCUUCCCUCAUGGUUCAAGCUGUUCACCUAUAUCGAGAUCUUCUACCAGCUUCCCAUGGCCAUCUGGAUGGUCUACGGGUUCUCUAGGCGGACAGGUACGACGCCCGGCUUCGAGCUCGCCGUCCUUGUCUUCGCCGUCGAGUGCGCCUUGACGACGCUGACCUGCAUCUACGACACCCUUCACUGGGAUCCGGCUGUGUAUAGCCAAGCCCAGAAGAACGUCUUCAUCUUUAACUUAUAUGGCCCUUGGGUCGUAAUUCCGGCACUGAUGGGGGUAGACAUGUGCCUGCGCAUUAUGAGAAGGGUGCAAGUCACAGACAAGGCGAAGUCGCAGUGA